GUCGGGGGAGGGGGCGGUGACCACUCGCGGCCCCUCCCCCCCCCCCGCGCUUCUCCCCCCCCACGCGUCUCGCAGCGAGUCCCACUCGCAGGGAGCGCAGACGGCUCCCGGGGAGCGCGCGGACACGACGCACGCGCAGAGGAGCCGCCGCGUGCCACGGGACGGGGAGCCGGGAUGGCUUCGGCCUCCCGAAGUGGAGGAGGAGACGGAGGAGGCUCCCGCCUCGAGGCGGACACACGCGGGCACGGUUCGGGACAGGGAGCUGGACACGGGCCGCUGGGACAAGCAGGAGGAGGAGGAGGGGGAGCGCACGGGGGAGCCGGGACACGGGGAGCCGCGCACGGCAGACCCUGCGUGGUUGGGGGAGCAGGAGGAGGCGUCCCCCCCGGGGCGGGCAGCCCGGGCGCGAGUCGCCCUCUCGACGUGAUCCGUCGGCAGCUCCGCAAAGUCCACAGCGUGGACCUCGACUCGUCCGUGAGCAAGGUGGAGCCGGGGGAGCGAGGUGGAGCAACGGGCGGACGAUGGGACAGCAACAGCGCCAGCAGCAGUAGCAGCAUCCUCAUCAACAACAACAACAGCAGCAGCAUCCUCAACAACAGCAGCAGCAGCAGCGCCGUGACGGGCAACUCCAACAGCAGCAUCCUCAACAACAGCAGGACUUCUACGGAGCCGGCUUCCAGGGCUGCGGCGGAGGGCGGAGGGGAGGGGCCUCGUGCGGGGGGCGAGGGGGGCCGCGACACCCCCCGCACACUGCCCAAGAUGGAGGACCGGCCGGAGGAGCGCCUCAUCCGCGAGAAGCUGAAGGCCACGUGCAUGCCGGCCUGGAAGCACGAGUGGCUGGAGCGACAGAACCGCAAGGGUCCCAUGGUUGUGAAGCCGCUGCCCCUCAAGCUGGACGUGGGCGAGGACGAGCGGGCCCUGUCGGAGGCGGUGGGCGAGACGGCGCGCACGUCGCCCCGCGCGGCCGCGCGGAGGCCCCGCAGCCCCUCCCAGCUGGGGGGCGGCGCGGGGGCCCCCGGGGACAUGUCGCCACCGGGGACCCUGCCCAGGAUCUCGGCGCAGAAGCCCGGCUCCCCGGGCGAGCGGAGACGCAGGGCCUCCCCCACGCUGGGCGGCCGCGUGACCCCGCCGCGCCGCGCGCCGUCGCCCGACGGCUGCUCGCCCUACAGCCCCGAGGAGACGCAGCGGCGCGUGAGCAAGGUGAUGCGCGCCCGCCUCUACCUGCUGCAGCAGAUCGGGCCCAACUCGUUCCUCAUCGGGGGAGACUCGCCCGACAACAAGUUCCGCGUCUUCAUCGGACCCCAGACGUGCAGCUGUGGGCGCGGCACGUUCUGCAUCCACGUCAUGUUCGUCAUGCUGCGCGUCUUCCAGAACGAGCCCAGCGACCCCAUGCUGUGGAGGAAAACCCUCAAGAACUUCGAGGUGGAGAGUCUCUUCCAAAAGUACCACACAAAGAGGAGCUCGCGCAUCAAGGCUCCGUCACGCAGCACCAUCACCAAGUUCGUGUCGCGCCUCUCCAACUCGCACCUCCCGGCCGCACAGAGCACCGCUUCCAGCCACCCCGAGCAAAGUGGCAAGGAUGAGGAGGAGCAGGUGUGCCCCAUCUGCCUGCUCGGCAUGCUGGACGAGGAGAGCCUCACCGUGUGCGAGGACGGCUGCCGCAACAAGCUGCACCACCACUGCAUGUCCAUCUGGGCCGAGGAGUGCCGCAGGAACCGCGAGGCGCUCAUCUGCCCGCUGUGCCGAGCCAAGUGGAAGAGCAACGAGUUUCCCUGUUUCGAGGCCCCGCAGGCGGCGACGGCGCUGGCGGCGGUGGAGGCGGCCGCCCCCAACUCCUCCUCCUCGCCGGCGCCCGUGGCGCAGGCCGAGACGUCCAGGCGGCCGCUGCUCGAUGGCGACGCGACGCAGCUCAACUUCCGCGUGCAGCCCAUCCCCGUCGCGUACCGCGAGCUCGCGCAGCCCUGGAUCCAGGUGUUUGGCAUGGAGCUGGUGAGCUGCCUGUUCUCGCGCAACUGGAACGUGCGCGAGAUGGCGCUGCGGCGGCUGUGGCACGACGUGAGCGGCGCGCUGCUCCUGGCCAACGGGGAGGUGCGCACGGGCGGCGCCGCCGCGGCAUCGCCUGCGGGGGGGGCGGCCGUGGCCGCGGGGGGCCACGCCGACCGGCCCGGGGCCCGGGGGCCGGCGCCGGCGGCGACCGCGACGGCCGGCCCGGCGGGCGGCGGAGCCGGCGGGGAGAUGUGCGGAGAGACGGUGGUGCGGUGCUGCUGCAGCGUCCUGGCGCUGGUGUGCGCCGACCCCGUGUACAAGGUGUACGUCGCCGCGCUGAAGACGCUGCGGGCCAUGCUGGUGUACACGCCGUGCCACAGCGAGGGGGAGCGCGCACUGCUGCAGCAGCUGCUGCGGCCCGUCGUGGAGACCAUCCUCGUCAAGUGUGCCGACGCGCACAGCCGCAUGAGCCAGCUGUCCGUGUCGACGCUGCUGGAGCUGUGCAAGGGGCAGAGCGGCGAGCUGGCCGUGGGGAGAGAGAUCCUCAACUCCGGCUCCCUGGGCAUCGGCGGCGUGGACUACGCGCUCAGCUGCAUCCUGGACUCCCCGCCCGACGCCUCCAACUGGCAGGGCACGCUGGGCCGCCUGUGCCUCAUCGAGCGCAUGCUGCUCGAGUUCCCCGCCGAGUUCUUCCCGCACAUCCUGCUGGAGCGUGCCGCGCCCAGCAGCCCCGCCGCCGCCACUGCCGGGGGUUCGUCCGGGACGAGCGGCAACGUCGACGGCAUCCAGGGGGACAGGUAUGAGAAGCUGUUCUCCCUGCUGGCAUUCGCGCUGCGCUCGGCGCCGCACUCGCACGCCGUCGUGGGGAAGCUGUCGCGCCGCGUCUUCCUGAGCGCCGCGCGCAUGGUGGCGCCCGCGGGCCAUGUCUUCCUGCGCAUGGCGGCCAUGCUGGAGGGCCCCGGCGCGGCCCACCACGCGCGCCUGCGUCGCCGGCUGCUGGCAGUCGCCGUCGAGAUGGAAGUGCGCGAGGCGCUGGAGGCGCUGGGGGGCCCCGACUUCCCGGGGCCUGGGGGGGUGGCCGCGGCUCCCGCCGCGGCGUCAGGCGGGGGAGAUGUCUCGCACCCAAGGAUGAGCGGCGAAGAGUUCGGCAGACUCGCUUUGGCACAGCCAAGCACCAUCUUGAGGCAAACGUCGCUCCCAGAACAGACGCAGCUCCAGCAGCAGCAGCAGCAGCAGCAGCAAAAGGAGUCCCCCAAGACCCGCUCACGCCCACUCGCGCAGUAUUUCCCGGUAUCGCCGCUCGCAAAGGCACAGCUGGUUUCCCCGUCACACACGGCCAACGCAUUUGUCCCGUCCAGCACCGCGGGGACCUCGGCCGCCGCUCAGCCCACGCCGGGGCCUCCCGCCGUGCCGAUCCUGGGGCCCGGCCUGCCUCCCGUCACGAGGCCCUCGACGCUGGCGCUGUCGUCGGCCGACAUCGCCGCGCCAUCCGCGUCGUCGCCCGCCGCGCAGACCCCGGGCUCGGGGGUCGGCGAGCGGCCCGGGACCAAGGCCCCCGCGCAAGCGGCGACCCCGCAGGCCGCGCCCGGGCCGCAGGCGUGCCGCGACACGCGGGACCUCGGCUUGGUCCCCGAGGACGGCAAGGAGCGAGAGCCGGAACCGGAACGGGAGCCGCCCCUGUUCACGCAGACGCGCCUGGCCUCCAACAACCAGGUGCACCGGCCCAAAGCGUCGCGGCCCGGGCAGCCCGCGAGCUCGCCGCUCGGCAGCCCGGCCCGCGGGCCCGGGGACGUCGCCGAGGCGGCGCACGUGCGGCCGGGCCAGCCGGAGAGGAAGUCGGCCGACUUCGAGCGCGUGCACGUGAAGCUGGACCUGCCGCAGCGCAAAUCCACCGACCUGGACCUGAGGCAGGGCAGGCUGGAGCCGCCGUCGCACAGAGAAGCGGAGGCCCCCUUCGCCUCCCUCGCCGCCGCGGCCCCCGCCCCCGACGGGGCCGCGGGGGCCUCGAGCCAGGGCUUCGCCGAGCUGCUGGGGAAGUUGGAGAGACGACCUCGGGAGUCGGGCGCUGCCGCCGGCGGCGCCCCCAAGCCGAGCUCCUCCGACUUCUUGGAGAGGAAGCGCGGCUUGAAGUCGCCGAACAACGGAGCCCCCUGCGGAGUCGGGGAAGGGACGGCGGUGGGAGGACAGAGCCGGCCCCCGUUGCCGGGCCCGGAGGCGGAGGGCGAGCGUGGGGACGAGGCCGCGGGGCGGCGCCGCGGGGAGGGGGCCCCCGACCCCCCGAGGGAGGAGACGGCGCUCGAGUCGCGCGGCAGGGCAGGACGACGCGAGGACGGGCGGCGCCGGCGUGGCGCUGGCACCGGGGGAUUCCGCUCGACCCGGCGCCAACGCUGGAGGCCGGGAGGCCGCGGCGGGCCCAGUCCGCCCUCCCAUGAGCCUGGACCUCAAGCCGUGCGAGCGUCCGACGGUGCCGCGGCCGCGGCGGCGGCGCAGGACGAGGGGGCGGCCACGCCCAUGGAGGACCGCUACCGGCGCCUCGAGGCCUCGGCCGACCUCAACUCGAGCACCGAGGACCUGCUGGAGACGCCGAGCGCGGCGGGGCCCGCGGGAGGCCGCCCCGGGGAUCCCGCGGUCACCUUCGUCUCCGAGGUGGCCGUGAAGACGCCCGAGAGGCCCGGCGGCGGGGGCGGAGGAGGAGGAGGGGGGGGAGGAGGCGGGGGAGGAGGCGGCGGCGGCGGCGGGCUGGACCCGUCAUACCGCGAGGACGUGCAGCGCAACCUGCACUGCAAGGAGAAGAUGGAGGCGGAGGAGGAGGAGGCACUGCUGCUCGCCAUGGCCGUGUCGGCCUCGCAGGACGCGUUGCCCACCAUCCCGCAGCUCGCCCUGCAGCCGGAGGACGACGUCAUCCUGUUGCAGUCCAACACGUCCGACGUGGGCCUGGAGCACACGCGUGCGCACCAGCCGUACCAGGAGGGGGCCGAGUGGCUGAGGGGCCAGCAAAUUGGGCUCGGCGCUUUCUCCUCCUGCUUCCAGGCGCAGGACAUCGGCACCGGCACGCUCAUGGCCGUCAAGCAGGUGACGUACGUGCGGAACACGGCAUCGGAGCAGGACGAGGUGGUGCAGACGCUGCGCGAGGAAAUCCGCAUGAUGAGUCGCCUCGACCACCCCAACAUCAUCCGCAUGCUGGGCGCCACCUGCGAGAAGAGCAACUACAACCUCUUCAUCGAGUGGAUGGCCGGAGGCUCCGUCGCAAACCUCCUCAACAAGUACGGGCCCUUCCACGAGCGCGUGGUCAUCAGCUACGUGGAGCAGCUCCUGCGGGGCCUCGCCUACCUGCACUCCAACCAGCUGAUCCACCGCGACAUCAAGGGAGCCAACUUGCUCGUGGACAGCAUGGGCCAGAGGCUGCGGAUCGCCGACUUUGGGGCGGCCGCUCGCCUCGCAUCCAAGGGCACGGGCGCCGGCGAAUUCCAGGGGCAGCUGCUGGGCACCAUCGCCUUCAUGGCCCCCGAGGUGCUCCGAGGCCUGCAGUACGGACGGAGCUGCGACAUCUGGAGCGUCGGGUGCGUCAUAAUCGAGAUGUCGUGCGCCAAGCCGCCGUGGAAUGCAGAAAAACACUCCAACCACCUCGCCCUCAUCUUUAAGAUUGCGAGCACCACGACGGCCCCGACCGUGCCGCCCACGCUGUGCCCGGGCCUGCGGGACGUGGCGCUGCGCUGCCUGGAGCUGCAGCCCUCCGACCGGCCGGUGGCGCGCGACCUCCUCAAGCACCCCGUGUUCCGCGCCUGGUAGCGGAGCGGGAAGGGGGCCGGGAGGCCAACAGCCGAUCGCAACAACAGGUGGCAUGCGGAUUCAGUGGCACGACCGCACAGAGCUACGAUCACUCCACGGUACAGCCACUCGGUGGGACGGCUACCCGCUUGUGCAGCCACCCACUGGUGCAGCUAACCAGUUGAUGAGCCGCCCUGUGGUUCAAUUGUCUGGCAGUUUAGCUACACAGUUGUGAGGUUUCUCAGUGGUACCGUGAGCCAGCUUGGCAUGCAGCGCACGCAUUAACUAGGCGGGUGACUAUCAAAUAACCCCAUGGACUGACUCAUUGAGCAGUCGGUAGAGUAGGUGAGACGACCAGAGAACCAAAGAGCAAGCCGAGCAAGCAGCUGUCGUAUCAUCUCACCAGCCCGUCAGCCACCAAACAGCAAAGCCACUUGGCAAGCUCGAGGAAUCACCAAGCCAACGAGCCACCAGCACGACGACCAAACAGCACUGCAGUCAACGAGGAGAAAAGCGGCGGCGUAAACACGGCGGGCGGUCAGUCGCACCCCACGCGGUGCGCGCUCGCCCACGCCGCUUUGUCGCGCUCGGCGCGCCGUGCGCGGAUUCCUCGGGCCUCUUGAUCCUGGCCGAAGUGUAAUUGUGCAGAGCUGGCGGUGGUGGUCUCUCCGCACUGCGAACGGGGUGCACUGCUCGUCUUCGCUGCUGCACGGUCGCCUGCGCGCGGUGCGGUGAGAGGGGGGGGCGCUCUGUGUUCACCCGGCCCAGCGCGUGGCGGUGGCCACCGUCUGUAGAUCACAGUGCUGUCCAAUGAAAAGAGCUUCCACAAUGAGGUGGGCUGGGGUGGUAUUUAAGCAAUACUCACGUUGGUUACUUUAUUUAGGCAGUGUCUGCCUCUCUCCGUAGGCAGAAAGCGCCACAUUGAAUGCCACCGUUUAGACCAGCGGUAGGCAGCGACGUCUCGUCUUGUCUCUAUGCACGUGCUGUCGCCAGCGCCUGUACGGUUGGGUUGGGGGCGGUGUCGGGAAGCUGCGGCGAGCGGGCCGGUCGGGCUGGUGCUCUGUCCGGAUUGUGUGUUCCCCUCCGGGCGACUGGGCUCGCUUGGUCCCAGACGUCCGCUGGUACAUCCCCGUGCACGCUGGCAACAUGGCCUCCCCGCGACGACAUUACGGACGGUCCACAACUUGCAGUUGCCAGGUUCAGUUUUUUUUUAUUUGAGACUCCUUGUAAGUCUUUCCUGUGACUGUAAAUAGAAAAUAAAGACCCCUUGGCAGCUGUUAACAUUUUUAAUUUAAACUGAUGGGUUUUUUUAUGUAAGUAUUUUACUUAUUAUUUACUCGGUUCAGGAUAUGCACGUCCGUAGCUAUUUUGAGUCUAGAACUUGCGAAGAGGUAAUAACUACUGUGUGACAAAUCAGGGGAUCUUGCGGUGUUUGUGGCUCAUUCUGCAGUCAGGGACAGUCCCUUGGUCGAUCUUCUCCAACUCUUCUGACGCUUUGCUCCUUGGCUCCUUCCUGUCACAAAUCCGUUUUCUUUCUCUUAGUCUGACCAGGUUGUUUUAAAACAAAAAAGGGAUGUAAAUGUAAUUUAUUUUCUUGGUUUUCAUUACUUGAAUAGUGGGUACAUUUUCAUGGGGGUUUUUGUUGUUUAGGGUACAGCAUAUUCUGUACUGAGCGUUGUAGAUACUCCGUGCCUGCGCUGUGUGCCGCCUCCUCCGCACGCACCCUUUAGUAUAUGUUGACGUUUUUUGUGUUGUUGGGGAUUAAUUGGAAGUUAUUGUGCGGAGGAGUUUCCGGGCAGCUGCCCAGCCGCCCGUCCGCCCGCCCGCCCGCCCGCCCGCCCGCCCGCCCGCACGGCGAUGCUAAACAAGCAGAGCUCUCGCUGUGGAUGAGAAACCGCAAACCGGCAAAAAGGGCCCCACUAUCUCAGGACGGCUGCUCCGUGGCAAGCCGCCCAAAUGUUUUAGCAUUUCAACAACAACAACAACAACUUUAUAUUUAGUUUGAGCACACUUUUGAAAGGGCUCUCCGGUGACUAGAUCAGUUGACUGGACAUGUAAAUGUGGAACGUUGCUAUGCGGCCCACUUUUAAAAUGAAACUCAAUCCGUUGAUUCCAUCGCCAUCGUCGUGAUGUCUGCCGUUGUUACAACUGUCUCAAGUCCUUCUCUGCAUAACGUCUUGCCCAGCAGAGGAUACCUCCAAGCCGAAUACAGAGGCAUUUGGUUUCUGAAUGCAAUCAGGGAAAGAGGUGGUAAACUGGUAGCUGAAGGACAUUGAAUUAGCUGCAGUGGUUUGUAAUAAUGCGCCAAACUUUGGCUUCAGCCGUGUGGCACGGGCAUUCAUAAUAAUGAUUCCUUGUUACCCUUGAUACGGAGUAGCACCUGGAGUAGUUGAGCUGAUAUCGGUUCCCCCGGUGAUACCUCUCGCCCUUGAGAUUCGUUUCAAAAGGAAUCCAUGCCAGUGACCACGAUGCUAACUUAAUUAUAUUUCAAAUUUGUUGUUAUAUUUUGGAAAUCAGUUUCUAUUUGUUUUAUUUUAGUUCAUGUUUGAUGUAAACAAAAUUCGUUCAUAACGCAAAACUAAGCAUGUAUAAAGCUCAGUUUCAUUGUAAGAUUCAUAAAACAUUUCUUGCCGGGUUCUUGUAACUUUUCAUUUAUUGAAAUUGUUCAUCGAGUCAAUUCACGUCAUUUUCAAUCAACACUGCCAAGAUGCGCCCAGCUGACCUUGAGCGCUGCAACAAAUCUCCCUCCUCCAUUGCCAGCGCUGCAUUGCUGCUAUGCUCGCUGGAGCAGCGGUGCUGGUGCUUCGCGUGCGCUCCUGCCCUAGGGCACGGCGCCUUUCGCCAGCGCUCGCAGGCGCUGGCACGGUAACCGCCCUGCCGCACGCUCCGAACCUGCCGCUACCGAUGCCGUCCUGCGUCUGUGCUCGUUGCAGGGUGGCCCUGACUCGAUGUGCCCGCGCUUUGUGCGUGAUGCAUCGAUGAAGAUCCGACGCCCAGCGAGGCUGCAGGAUGGUGUUUCACGCUAAAAGUUUGAGAAGGCCCCUUUGCUCUUUGUGAUAUUUUCUAGGAAUGGAAUACGAGCCUAAGACUUUCAGCCUAAUGUUGUAGCAGAUGCGUCAGUUUCCUUAUGGAGUUGGACAGAGGACGUAAGUCUGCAUUGCUUGUUGAUAAACGAUGUUGUUGCGUGGCUGUGGGUGCCGGUGUAUGCCGUGGGCCCCUCUCCAUCAUGGUCUCGGUCCGUGACUCCAUUACCUUCUCAGGGUCUGGUUCGCUAAUUCAUCUCCGUGCCCCAUACUACCCCAGGUUAAGGUCUUACCAUUUCCUCCUGGCAGCAGUGCAGAGGUUUUGCACCGGUUUACAACCAACAGCUGUGGGUGUUAAGUUCAGCUGCCAGAUUUACAAAGUAAAAAAAGAUGUGAAUAACACAUUUAAGAAAAUGACCCUUUGUAAGCGUUAACUCUCUCCUCUGCUAAAGCACCACUACUCGUGUCUGAUAUAUUCACUGUCCUUAGUCUCUCUGACGCGUGCUCUCGCUGUGCCGCGUGUUGUUGGGCGCGAUGAGUUCCGCGUCUGAGAGCUUUACAGCACAACCGCGAAAACCAAUGUCGUCAACUUAACCAGAGGAGAACCCAGCGAGGUUAUCUGUAGCCAGGGGGAACCUGAUUAGCAAUAGCUGAGAAGUGACACUGUGAUUAAUGUUGGGAUUUCGAUGAAGACACCAGUCUACGAUGAGACCCACGUUGUCUAACGAUGCCACGGGCUCGUCGAUGUCCAACGGUACCGCCCAUCGUGCGCUCGAGUAACCUCCCGCAGGCGUCGCCGGGCACCGCACGGAGUCGGUCCGUAGGCCCCGUAGGCCCCGUACACGUGGACUGUCUGGCGAGGGUGAUAACCGCCGGGCCUCCGUUGCCACGCGGGCUCCUGUUGGUCAGCAGUGCCACACGGGAGGAGAGCCGUGCGAGAGAGGAGAGCCGUGCGAGAGAGGCGAGCACUUAAACCUCGCAGUUGCUACCGUGUCUUGCACAAUCUAUCUGGCCCCACUAUUCCAACAUGGGUAUAGCAUUAAGAUGUACUUUUUUAAGGAUUUCAACAUUUUUUAUUUGAUGUUAUUGUUAUUGGUUAACUUUCUGCACUUAAAAAUCGUAAUAAUUUAACGCACAUGUAUUUUGAGGUGUAAACCCACCAAUGUUGUACCCAUACUUUCUGAAUGGACAUUUUUGGAUGCUGGUUGACUUAACUUCACUAUUAACAAACAGCUAUUCUCUAACAAACAUUGUCAUUUGAAUGAAUAAUUUGUAUAAUGUUGAAUUGUUUUAAUGUUAGGCAUGACCAUUUCAGACGUUUUACAUAAAUUAUGUUUAACCUUUACAAGGAAUGGUCAUUUCAGAGAUUGGAAAUUCACGCCUGUGUACCAAAGAUGAAUCGAUGUACAUUCAGCUUCUCAUUUACAUGGCAGAGUUUGUCGGUGCGCUAAUUGAAGCGAGCUCAUAGUCAAUGAACAUAUCUUUCCACAAUAGAGGUUUUUUGGGUUAGAUUGCGUAAAUAUGAAUGUGUCGUUAAACCCGCCACCACCCGACACAGACAAUUAGUAAGGUUUGUCACGUAAACAGAACGUGCCAAUUCGUUACUAGUGCAGCACACCGCUGUGUUUACAUGAUAAACCUUACUAAUUGUCGUCUGGUGGCGGGUUUAACGACACGUUUAUAUUUACACGAGCCUACCCCAAAAAAAACCUAUUUUGGACAUUGGUUGCGAAAACCUACGUGUUAAACGAACAUAUCUUUGUCAGAAAUAUUUCCGUAAGAUCUGACAAGUAUAUUUACCAGCAUGUAUUAGGUUUCACCUUACACACAUUGCAUUUUAUUAGAAAAUGUAAAUGUAUUCAGCUUAAAAAGAAAUUUCAGGGACUUAAAAAAUUAUUUCGCAACAUUGGUGUUAAUACCGUUUCAAUAUUUGCUAACUUGCUUUUAUCAUUUUCAACUGGUUAUUUUCAUUUUAUUUCAUCGUAAGGGAAAAUACUACUGUUUUGCUUAUUAAGACAAUUGUUACCUUUUUAACGAAGCUUAAUGUUUUAAGCUUAAGCUUUCGACUUGUUAAUGUUGGACGUUGGAUAAUUUAUAAAGCGUGUGCUACUAUGCAGUUGGAGACACUGGAAUCACACGUCGUCGUCGUCGUUGUUGUUCGGCAAACCACUAUUGGAACUUCUCGGUGCUCCUCCAGACCACGGUGGGCACACCGCCCACAUCACUGCCCGCAGCCGACACUGAGCCAUUCGAAAAAGCGACAAACACGCGGCAGCCACGCACCGCGCCGUGCGCUGCCGUGAUCACGAUGGGUUUUGUUUGUUUCUCACCCCCCCCCCCCCCCCAUCGGUGUUUUGAAUCCUCGUCUGUAAAUGGAACUUGACUGCCCUGUGGGGCCGUGCUUGUGGGCAACGGAGAGCGCGGCGCGAGGCGCAGCUCCCGGUGGCCUGCGCUGAGACACUGCGGGGUCCCCUGUGCUGAGACACCGCGGGGUCCCCUACGCUGAUACACCGUGGGGUCCCCUGUGCUGAGACACCACGGGGUCCCCUGUGCUGAGACACCACGGGGUCCCCUGUGCUGAGACACCACGGGGUCCCCUGUGCUGAGACACCACGGGGUCUCCUGCGCUGAGACACCACGGGGUCCCCUGCGCUGAGACACCACGGGGUCUCCUGUGCUGAGACACCACGGGGUCUCCUGUGCUGAGACACCACGGGGUCUCCUGUGCUGAGACACCACGGGGUCCCCUGUGCUGAGACACCACGGGGUCCCCUGUGCUGAGACACCACGGGGUCCCCUGUGCUGAGACACCACGGGGUCCCCUGUGCUGAGACACCACGGGGUCUCCUGUGCUGAGACACCGCGGGGUCUCCUGUGCUGAGACACCACGGGGUCUCCUGUGCUGAGACACCGCGGGGUCUCCUGUGCUGAGACACCGCGGGGUCUCCUGUGCUGAGACACCGCGGGGUCUC